GAGGAGGAAGGAUGGUAGGUACGGUACCGGAGGAGGAGGAGGAGGAGGAGGUGGAGGUGGAGGUACCGGAGGUGGCACUGGAACAGGCGGCGGUUCCGGCACGGGUGGAACCGGUGGUACCCCUGGUAGCCUCGCCACAACCUGGCACGGCAAGACCUACCCCCUGAAGAUCAACGUGGAGAACCAGAACGAGGGGCCGAUGUUUGACCCCAAGGUGAAGGCAAUCCCCAUCUCGGAGGAUGGCAAGUCGGUCAACAUCAACGAUGUCAUCACCACCUAUACUGCCGUCGAUCAAGACACAGGGCUGCCAGCCGAGAAUGUCAGGUAUGCGAAAGGGAAAGACCCUGAUAACUGGUUCACCAUCGACCCUGUUACCGCCGAGAUCAAGCUCAACAAGCUGCCAGACAGGGAGUCGCCAUUCCUGCAGAACGGCACCUACCUAGCAGAGGUGCUCUGUCUGACACAAGGUAUGUCCUAAUUGCACACACACACACACACACACACA